AUGUCGGAUUUCCCAACAGUGGACAUACCAGUCCGCCAGUCUGAACCAUUCCUAAGGCCAGCGACUAUAACGAACGCCAUUGGCAUCCUCAGACAUUUGAUUCUACCUUCCUUCGGAGUACAAGGAGGCCUGAGUGUGAUCGCCUAUGGCAUCGCUCGGACAACGAACAGAUUCGAUCUCAAGGAUUGGUUAUGGCCGACCGGAAUGGUUCUGAAUGCAUGGUGGACGGCUGUUGGAAGGCAUACGACCCUCACUCGACCCGCUUCUAUCCUCGACGCCGUGAAAGAUCUCAGCUUCUCUCAACAAGUACUCCUAGGCGCGGUCACAGCAUGGGGCGGAAGGCUCGCAUACCAGGUCAUCAGCCGCAGCGUCAAGCGUGGCAAGGAUGAUCCGAGAUAUGAGGGUGUGAAGCGCGAACAUGGUUUUUGGAACAAGGCUUCGAUUCUCUUCGGCCUCGAAGCAGCUUUCCAAACGCUCAUCUCAAUCCCGUUCACCAUGCCAUUCCGUACAGACGUUCUCUCUGGGUUCUCAUCAGCUCCGGCAAGCUGGGAAGGCCCAGCACGCUGGGCUGCAACUGGACUCUUCACGGCCGGCUUCGCUCUCGAAACCAUCGCAGACUGGCAGCUCGCCUCCCACAAGGAACGAGAGGCUGUCAAGAAAGAGCAAGGAGAGAGCGGCGAGCUUCUGAGAAAGGGCGUCUUCAGCAUCGUGAGGCAUCCAAACUAUCUCGGCGACGCACUCUGCCACCUAGCGUUCCCAUUGUGGACCUACGGAUGCGGACUAUUCCAUGUAUCUCAACUCCUUGGUCCUGCGGCGAACUACUUCUUCCUACGAUGGAUUGGCGGAGACCGCGAGAACGAGGCGUAUCAGUCGCAGAGAUAUGCGAAGGAGGAUCGGGACAAGCACGCUCAGCUGGAGCUGUAUCAGCUGCAGAAGAAUAGUUUUUGGCCUUCGAUUUUCGAGAUCGUCAAUCCUUGGGCAUGGACUGUAGCGGCCAUUGGCACGACGGCAGCAUGUGCGGAAUAUCUUUUCGAGUCGAGGAUACUGGCAGCGGGCACUGCAGUGAACCCUAUCAACCCGGUGGUUGGUGAGACUCUUGCUGCGUUGAAUUAG